AUGACAUUCGACGCUGAAGAUAUCGAAGAAGACAUGGAGGAACACAAAGAUCCUUUAGUUCUCACUUUACCAGUAGCAGGAUGCAACGUUAAGAAGAUCUUGAUUGACGGAGGGAGUUCAGUCGACGUUCUAUUUUAUGAUACGUUCAAACGAAUGGAAUUGAAUGAUGAACAACUUAUAUCUUCUUAUUAUACCAUCUAUAGAUUCAACGGCGCACCUACGAAGCCCCUGGGGGACAUUGUGUUAGAGGUAAAGGCAGGACCAAUGAAGAUCGAAAUCCGGUUCAGCGUGGUAGAUGCUCUUUCUCCCUACAACGCCAUCAUCGGUCGGAGAUGGGUACAGAAACUCAAAGGAGUAGCCGCGACAUAUCACCAAUACCUUAGAUUCCCAACACCCGAAGGGGUAAUGGAAAUUAAGGGAGAUCAAGUCACCGCCCGAGAAUGCCAAGCUCUACAAAACCAACUCAAUAAUGAACAAGAUAAGCAACGAAAGUCCCACAGGAACACAAAUAAGGAAGCCGCUAAGGACAGGGCAAUUGACCUAUAUCUUGAAGAAAUUUCGGGAAACAUCUUGACAAAGGAGAAUGUCGUCUUAACUACCGAAGCUUCUACUUCCAUGGCUAAGGGGGCUGAAGAGCCUGCCAAAUAG